AUGAACUGGCACGCGGAGGAUGUGUUUUCCGAUACACCUGAUACCUGUACUGGUAAUUAUGAGAUGUCUCAACCGGUGUUGAUCUCCCAGUUGGAAACCGAAACACAGUCAUGGUCCACUGAAUUGAACAUGCAUUGUCCGCCAGAUCCGGCACUCAGAUCGGACGAACCGUGUCCCCGAUAUGGACCGGUUGAGUCACCAUCCAUGUGGUCCAAUCAAAGUUCACGAUCGUAUUACGAACCACCAACGAGUUCGGAAUGCGUGGAAUUCAAAUGGCCCAACAAUUGUGACAUUGAUCCGAUGGAUGGAUUACUCUGCGAGGACGGGCUGUCUCCGGAUAAUCUGGAUUUUCUCAUCGACGAACCGGCCUUGCGUUCGGGUGCGAAAGUACGCGAAAGAAAACGUAUGCUGAGCAUCAAUUCGGCAUUUGAGAUGCUACGGACCUGUUUGCCCACAUUCCCCUAUGAAAGACGCAUUUCAAAAAUCGACACACUCCGAUUGGCCAUUGCGUAUUUGGCAUUGUUACGCGAUAUGUUGCACAGUUUGGACGAGAUACCAACCAGUCAGCAGGCCUCGAUUACCGGGACUCGAGUGAUUCGGUUCAUGUUCGAACGUCUACAAGCCCCAGAUCGACACAGUUUCUUGUGGUAUACAAGCGACGCCACACAUACGUGCUGGUCCGCUGGCGCCAGAUGA